ACAACACUCCUUAAAUUACUUUAAUAAGUAUUAAGGUUGAGUUUUUCGUCGUCUUUGUGGGAAAAUUGAGGGCUUUUUUUCCUUUUUUCAUAUUGAAAAAGGUGAGUGAUUAGGAGAGAGAUUGUGGGUGUAACGGUUUAAGGAUAGUGCGAGAGAUUGAGAGGGGAAGUUUGCUGCUUUUUCCUGGGUUUGGCACGGAUUCAGGUGGGGUGGUGGAAAGUUUAGUCCUUUGGGGAGUUGAUCUGGUUUUGAGUAGGGGAAUCUGCAAAAGGGAAGCUGAAGCUAUUGUGGGUUGUGUUGAUAUUGCAGAAAGAUGUGGUGGAUGAUGAAUGAAGGAGGAGGGCAUUACUGUUCUAAGAAGACUGAUGAUAUCUGUGGUGAUGUUUGUGGGCAGGAAUCAAGCCAAGCUUUGAGCAUGUCUAGAAUACGCUGCAUACUGCGUGGCAUAGAUUUCAAGAUCUUUUUAUUUCUGUUUGCACUUGUUCCUACUUGUGUCUUUGUUAUCUAUGUCCAUGGGCAGAAGAUUUCAUACUUUCUAAGACCCCUGUGGGAAUCACCUCCCAAACCAUUCCAUGAUAUCCCACACUAUUAUGGUGAGAAUGUCUCCAUGGAAAUCCUAUGCAAACUCCAUGGUUGGGGGAUUCGUGAAUACCCAAGGCGUGUUUAUGAUGCAGUGCUGUUCAGCAAUGAGCUGGAUAUUCUUACAAUUCGGUGGCAAGAGUUGCACCCUUACGUGAAUCAAUUUGUUCUGCUUGAGUCCAAUUCAACAUUUACUGGACUGCCGAAGCCUUUGGUAUUUGCUGGCCAUAGAGAUCAGUUCAAGUUUGUUGAGUCGCGACUGACUUAUGGGAAUAUUGGAGGAAGAUUUAAGAAAGGAGAAAACCCAUUUGUUGAGGAGGCUAUACAGCGAGUGGCACUGGACCAGCUUCUCAAAAUAGCAGGAAUUUCUGAUGAUGACUUGUUGAUAAUGUCAGAUGUAGAUGAGAUACCAAGUAGGCACACUAUCAAUCUGUUGAGGUGGUGUGAUGAUAUACCUCAGGUUCUUCAUCUACAGUUAAAGAACUAUCUCUAUUCUUUUGAGUUUCUGGUCGAUAACAACAGCUGGAGAGCAUCAGUGCACAGGUAUCAGACGGGUAAAACUAGGUAUGCUCAUUAUCGUCAGACAGAUGACAUAUUGGCAGAUGCAGGCUGGCACUGCAGCUUUUGCUUCCGUCGCAUCAGUGAGUUCAUAUUUAAGAUUAAAGCAUACAGCCAUUUUGAUAGAGUGAGGUUCUCACAUUUUUUGAAUCCCAAAAGACUUCAGAGAGUAAUUUGCGAGGGGGCUGAUUUAUUUGACAUGCUUCCGGAGGAGUAUACCUUCAAGGAAAUCAUUGGGAAAAUGGGGCCGAUACCUCAUUCCUAUUCUGCUGUUCAUCUUCCAUCCUUUCUUCUGGAGAAUGCAGACAAAUAUAAAUUCCUCUUGCCUGGAAAUUGCUUAAGAAAGAGUGAGUGAUUCUCCUCAUUAACUCUGCUUGUCUACUUCUGUAAAGCCCUGUGGUGAUUCCUCAUGAAGGGUUCUGCAGAACAAUGAAUGAUGACUGAGGCAUGCCAUCGAUGCAGCAAUGGCUCCUGUCCAGCUAAGUUCAUUACCAUCACAACUGAUUCGGAAGUUGGACUAGUGCUUUGAAUUUCUAGAUAGAUUAACGUAUCUUUGUAUAUAACUUCUUUGAUUUUUGAGGUUUUACUUCGAGGGUAUUACAUUCACUUAGCUGCGAUCAUGAUGCUAUAACAGGGGGUUGUUGCAGACUGCCUGUGUUAGAUUGGAAUGAUAUGAGUACCUAAUACAUUAGUUUGAGGUUCCUUGGAUUUCCCUAUGUUGGGAAGUUUUGUCUUGGAUAUCUGAACCAUAUGAAUGCGUUUAGAUCAUUUUCUUCAUACAUGAUAAAUGACUCUCUAUACU